AUGCAGAAGGAAUGGUUGUCAUGGCAGAAGUUUCAAGCAGUACAAGAGCUGUCAGAGGAAGAAAUCGUUGGCACUCGCUGGGCCCACACAGACGAAAACAGCAAACCAAGGCUGAUAGCCUACCACAUGGCCAAGAAGACCGACAAGACGAAAGAGGAAGUGGACAAAGAAUACCCUUGUGAAGCAAAAUCAAGAUUGGUAGUCCAAGGAUGCCAAGAAGAUGAGACCAACAUACGGUCUGAUUCUCCAACUUGCUCCUUGCUCGCCUUCAACCUGGUCUGCACAUUGGCAGCUUUGUUUUGUUGGCACUGCCAAUUUGCAAAGCAGUGGAAUCAAUCGACUUUUGAUCCCGCGCUGCCCGAGACCUCCACCUCCUGGGCCCGUGGCAGCAUACAUGGGACAAAAGAUGCAGGCAGAAGGUGGAUGAAGCGUCUACGUGAUGCUACCGACUGUGGAUGGAUUGCAUCCAAAGCGCUAUUCUUCCUCUACGAUGGAGGAGUGCUUAUUGGUGUCAUGGCCAGCCACGUUGAUGAUUUGAUCACUUGUGGCGCUGGAGAAAAGCAUGAGAAGUCUAUGAAAGACCUCACCAACACGCUGCAUCUCAAGAAGAAGUCUGGUGAAUUUCGUUUUUAUGGCAAGAACCUCGUGCAGCCCGAGGACAAGUCCAUCUCCCUUGAACAGGUGGACGCUAUUGAGGGUUUAGAGUACCAGGUCUUGGACAAGCACCGCAGAAAGUUUCCCAACCUGCCGUUGGCUGAGCAGGAGAACAGUGACUCUCGAGCUUUGAUUGGAAGCACUGGAUGGGUUGUCCGACAAACCCGACCAGAUAUCAUGGUCAAUGUCAGCAUUGUCAGCCAGAGCAUUGGCAAUCCCACCAUCCGUGAUGUGAUCGAGUUGAACACAGCGGUGAAGAUGUUGAAGGAUAGUGCUGAUGCGAAAUGGUGUUUCAAAGCCUCUGGAAUCACGGUUGAGAAUUGCGUGGUCCUCAUGCGCGCAGACUCCAGUUUCGCCAAUACUGGAGGAUUCAAAUCUCAGUGCGGCUACAUCAUUGGCCUGACCUUGCACUCCAUCACUGAAGGCAAAGAUACCCCGAUCAUUGUGAUUGAGGCCAAUUCUUCAUCUAUCAAGAGGGUAUGCCGUAGCACUUUAGCUGCUAAGGCCAACGCCUACCUUGCAGCUGAGUUUGCCUUGAAGCCCGUCAUUGGCUUCACAGAUGCGAAGAGCCUGGAAAGCACCAUUACGAAAGAUGCUGGACAGCCGUCCGACAAACGUGUGAAGAUCCUUGUUGCCCAAGUACGUGAGAUGAUGGAAGGAGUGUGUGCCACUCACUGGCUUGAUACAAGCCAGAUGCUUGCGGAUGUUGUGACCAAGCUGGGGUGCGAAAGAGAACCUUUGCCGCGAGCCUUAGCUGAUGGAUUCUGGCGAAUUGCGCCGUCAGAAGAAGCACUGGGGAAGAAGAUGGCCAUUCGAGCUGGCCGACGACAGCGAAAGAGCAGCAUAGGGAUGGGAGCAGCAUGA